GGUGAGGGGUGCUGGCGUGUGUGCAUGUGCCUGGCUGGGUGCACACCCCGCACGCGGCGGCGCCAGGACGCGGAGCGCUCCGCAGAGCCCGGUGCUUCGCUCGGCUCUGCCGGCCGCGACCAUGUUCCAGCCCACAGCCAAGCGCGGCUUUACCAUCGAGUCCUUGGUGGCCAAGGACGGCGGCACCGGCGGGGGCACUGGCGGCGGAGGCACCGGCUCCCAUCCCCUGGCGGCGGCCGCCUCAGAGGAGCCGCUCCGGCCCACGGCACUCAAUUACCCUCACCCUGGCGCGGCCGAGGCAGCCUUCGUGAGCGGCUUCCCCGCCGCCGCCGCGGGCGCCGGCCGUUCGCUCUACGGUGGGCCCGAGCUCGUGUUCCCCGAGGCCAUGAACCAUCCCGCGCUGACCGUGCACCCGGCACACCAGCUGGGCGCUUCCCCGCUGCAGCCCCCUCACUCCUUCUUCGGCGCCCAGCACCGGGACCCUCUGCACUUCUAUCCCUGGGUCCUGCGGAACCGCUUCUUCGGCCACCGCUUCCAGGCGAGCGACGUGCCCCAGGACGGGCUGCUGCUGCACGGCCCCUUCGCGCGCAAACCCAAGCGGAUCCGCACGGCCUUCUCGCCCUCGCAGCUGCUACGGCUGGAGCGCGCCUUCGAGAAGAACCACUACGUGGUGGGCGCCGAGCGGAAGCAGUUGGCCGGCAGUCUCAGCCUCUCCGAGACGCAGGUGAAGGUGUGGUUCCAGAACCGGAGGACAAAGUACAAGCGGCAGAAGCUGGAGGAGGAGGGGCCCGAGUCCGAGCAGAAGAAGAAGGGCUCCCACCACAUCAAUCGGUGGCGCAUCGCCACGAAGCAGGCCAACGGGGAGGACAUCGAUGUCACCUCCAAUGACUAGGGUGGGCAGUUGCCACACAUCCACGAGGGCAGAAUGCUGUUCGCUGCUGGCCAGGCCCCUCGGGUGGGCCCGGCUGGACUCUGGCCAUUCUCUGGCCAGGCUGCGGGGAGAGCCUCAAGUCACUGCCCCACAGGGCUUGGAGCCUGGGGCUGCCACCGAUGGAGGGACAAGAAAUGGGCUGGCUGAGGCCCGGGACUGCUUGGCCUUCUCCGCAGAGAGCCUGCCUGCCUGCCUGCACAGGCCACCAGACACUGCAGCCUCCCAGCCACUCUCCAUUUCUCUGCUCUCCUUUUUGUUUUGAUGCAUUUCUGUUAAUUUAUUUUACAGGCACCCACUGUAGUUCUUAGUGAUCCCUUUGUGUCUCCCUUCCCUAUGGGAAUAAUAAAAGUCUCUCUCUUAAUGACAUGGGCAUUCAGCUCCAACCCCAGGUCUGGGAGCCUAGGGUGGGCCUUUAGGGACUCAAUCCAUUAACUCCUUUUCUUUGUUGGUGUUUCACCGUGGUCUCUAGUUCCAACUCUACAGCAAGAGAAAGCAGCUAGGCAUAGGGAAGGUCCACCUGUGUCUUGAAGACUAUGCUCAGGUCUUUCCAAACUUACUGAUCAGUGAGAAUCAGGCCAGGUGGGUCAGAGGUGAGA